GUUCAACUUACAAGGACUAGUAAUCAAAUCUUGAACGGCCACGAUCUUCUAAUCAAACCUUAAUCAAUCCAUCCCCGUAGGAGGCAAGGAGAAGUCCACAAAUGGCGUUUUUCUCUUCGACAGCAGCACCACCGCACUCUCCUCUUCUUCCAUCGCCAAAUUACACUAGUACAAAAACUCUCUCUUUCUCUUCACCUCCAAAUUCCCUCUCUUUCCGAUUCUCGAAAUCAAAUUUCAGCCGUCGAAACCAUCCUCUCUCCCUUCGAUCAACUUCAUCUCCAGCUGCGCCGCCGUCGGAGGGGGUGGCGCCGGCGAUAUCCGUGACGGAGAAUGCGUUGAAGCAUUUGAAUAGGAUUAAAAAUGAUAGAGAUGAAGAUCUGUGCUUAAGAAUUGGGGUCAAACAAGGUGGAUGCUCUGGCAUGUCUUACACCAUGGAUUUUGAAAAUCGAGCCAAUGCUAGACCUGAUGAUUCCAUCAUUGAAUACAACGGAUUUGCAAUUGUUUGUGAUCCAAAGAGCCUCCUCUUCCUAUUUGGGAUGCAAUUGGAUUAUAGCGAUGCUCUUAUUGGUGGAGGUUUCUCUUUCAAGAACCCAAAUGCAACAAAGACAUGUGGUUGUGGUAAAUCCUUUGCAGCAUAGAUUUGAAGUGAUGUGUACAAAAAAUAUUUAACAGAGAACAUGCACAACUCUGAAAUUGUUACCGACUUUAUGUUGAAGAUGUGUACAUGAGAAAAUAAUUUAUAGUUUAUGUAGUCUUUUGGCAA